UUUUUUUAAAUAUGGAGUACGCUUUGGAACCGCAUGUUCUGAUGCUUUUGUCGUUUUGUUUUUUGUAUAAUUAAGUAGAAAGUUGAAGAGAAUUAAAUCCGUGUGUUUUAUGACUAUUUUAAAUUAAUUUUUCCAUAUUUCACCUUUAUUAGAAAACUGUAUUUCUAAAACAAUAUCCCAAGUCGUCCGGUAGCCGAAAUGGAUAUCGAUGGUGGUGCUGAGAUGUCCGUAGAGAGCGAGAUGUAUGGCUUCAACCCAUUGAUGUACCACCGGUUUGGUUUCAAAAUCGGAAGCGGUGCCAAUAGCUGCCUGCUGGCGACACCAUCGGAUUCAUCGUUGUCUACUGGUGAAACGGAACCAUCAAGUUCGCCGAGACACUUCCCCAAUAGUUUUGAUUACCAUAACACGUCGUCGUCUCUGACGUCGCCCUCUAGCGGAUUUGGUUCCCCGGGUGGCAGUAGCUGCUGCUCGUUGGAGCAAACAUCGGAAUGGGCUAGAUAUGUACAGCAGAGUAUUAACAUCGAUCUGGAGGGGAUGACUCGGGAGCUGUUUGGUAGCCUGUUGAGGCGUCGGGAUGUAGACUCAAUUCGGCAGGAUUUCAUCCGCAAUGGCAUUGAUUCGUCGAUAGGUGAAAUGCCCAGAAUGCAUGUAGUAGGAGUAUGUGGCCAGAAGAAGUCACAGGCCCCAGUUGCUCCAUUGCCUCCGUCAAAGUGGCCCUUGGUCAGUGUAGAAAACCAACGAACAGUAUCUGUACCAUCUGCGGGAGAAGAUGAAAAACAAGAUGCAGUUGUCUCGAAGCCGGAGACCAAAGCUUCGAUGCGUCGACGUAAAUUGCAGAAAGAGAAUGAGGAUUAUUGUGUGUUCUGUUACAACAACGGAGAGGCCAAAGAUACCUAUAUGAGUCACGCUUGUCGGGAUGAGGAUGGUCUGGUGGAGUGUCCACAUCUGCGCCGAUAUGUGUGCCCGUACUGCAAAGCCACCGAUCGACAGGCUCAUACAAAGAAAUAUUGCCCAAAAAAACCGAUCAUCACGCCGGUCGAUCUGGAGAGAAUGGUAGUAGAGGGGACUACUUCCAGGAAUGGUUACAACAAAGAGAACAUGCAAGAUGCACCGUCCAAGUACUACCAUCUUCGGCAGGGCAAGCGCUCUCUGCGAUUCUAAAUGGAAGGCACUACUUUUUGUGUUAUCAUAUUCGAAUCGUUAUUUUUUGAAACUUUUUUUUUUUUUCUUAUUAUGUCUUUUAUCCAUACAAUCGGCGUUUGUUUUCGAACAAAUGAACUCAAGUGUGCCAGUUUCUAUAUUACGUAUAGAUUUCGGAAUGUUUUUUUUCUUUGAAUAACGAAGAAUUGUACCCAUACGUUGCCCCAUAGGAAAAGCAAAACUUUGCCGAGCAGAAAACCGUUGUUAACGGCGGCGCUAUCGAAGAAUGGUGAUGAUAGAAAAUGGUAUCGUCCGUUCCGUGUUUUUUUACAUUGUUUAACUGAUGUAUUCGAACUUUUUUGUUUUUGUAACUCAUUUUAUUAUUUUUUAUAAGAUAAAAAUGUGAAUGAUGUCUACAUAUUGAAUGAAAUAUGAUCAAACUUGAAGUAAACUUCAAAUAGUAAUUUCUAUCAACCUACU